CGUAAGCUCGCCAAGGAAGCUCUCUCUGAAACAAUGGCCGUCGUGGCGGAGAACACAGCUUCUGCUGCCCGAUCUGACGCCAACUCCACUCCUCGUAAGAGGAAAUUGAGAUCCGAUGCGCCACUGAUUAUGGACAGUCCGAUUUCUCCGCCGACCAAAUGGAAAUCGCCUCGCCGAUGUAGCAGUGAGAGCCUAAAUCGUGCUGUCACCGCAAAUGAGAUGGUUACUAAUGAAGGUAAAAUCAAAUCGCAUAAAUCGCUGUCGGAGUCAAUGCAGGAUGGUUUUGCUGAUAAACCGAAAUGGAACCCCAAAGAUGGUGAGCAAGUAAGGACAGUGAAGGAGGCAUUGCACGUGUCUACGGCGCCAUCUAAAAUUGUCUGCCGUGAAGACGAACAGAAUACGGUUUUCGAGUUCUGUAAGUCAUGCAUCGAACAUAAGAAGGCCGGGAGUAUGUACAUAUGUGGGUGUCCUGGUACUGGAAAGUCGCUAUCCAUGGAGAAAGUAAAGGAGCUUUUAGUCGAUUGGGCUAGACAGGCAGGCUUCCUUCAGCCCGAUGUCUUAUCUGUGAACUGCACAUCACUUGCUAAUACAUCCGACAUUUUCAUCAAGAUACUUGGAUUAAACCAACCACGGGGAAAGAAGACUUCAGCUUCUCCCUUGCAACAACUUCAGAACUUGUACUCUCAAAAGUCAUCAAGCCAGAAGAUGACAUUGAUAGUGGUCGACGAAUUAGAUUAUCUAAUCACCAAAGAUAGGGCUGUGCUUCACGAUCUCUUCAUGCUCACCACUUUCCCAUUUUCUAGAUGUAUAUUAAUAGGAAUAUCAAAUGCAAUUGACCUUGCUGAUCGUUUUCUUCCAAGGUUGAAAUCAUUAAACUGCAAGCCUAUAAUUGUAACAUUCCGAGCAUACUCUAAAGAACAGAUCCUUGGCAUUCUGAAGGAAAGGCUAAGGGAGCUCCCUUACGCUGUGUUCCAACAUCAAGCACUAGAGCUCUGUGCCAGGAAAGUUGCUGCUGCUUCUGGAGACAUGCGAAAAGCUCUUUGUCUAUGCAGGAGUGCAAUUGAGAUGCAGGAGGCAGAAAUUAGAGAAUCUAUUGGCCUUUCAGAAAUUUCAUUGGAAGAGAAAGCUCCCCCUCAACAAACGAUAACUUCUGACCUCGAUCAUGUGAAAAAACAAGAAUUUGAUGUCGUAAGGAUUGAUCAUAUGGCUCUUGCCUUGUCCAAGACAUAUAGAUCACCUGCGGUGGAUACAAUACAAUCUCUACCACAUCAUCAACAGAUCAUCCUUUGCUCUUCCAUGAAACAUUUCAGUGGAACAAAGAAAGAUACAAUCCUUGGCGAGUUGUACAAAUCUUACGCGGGCAUAUGCAAGUCUUCACUGAUUCCUCCGGCUGGAAUUUUGGAAUUUUCAAAUAUGUGCAGAGUAUUGAAUGAUCAGGGGCUUAUUAAACUAGGGCCAUCACGGGAGGACAAAUUGAAGAGGGUGACACUAAGAAUAGACGAAGCUGACAUUACCUUUGCAUUGCAGGGAAUCCGUUUCUUUAGAAACUGUCUUCAGUAAUUCUUCUUGGGCUAAUGAUGGCGGGUUCAAUUAAGCUUGAUGUUUGAGAAUAUAUUCUUUCCUUUCCUGAUUAUCGCUCCAUGCUUAAGUUGACAUCCAGCAAUGAUGAUAAAAAACAAGUUUCCUAUUGUUUGCAUUAUUUUUCGAUGGAUAAACAAUAAAGCCAAGGUGAAUCAAUUUGGCCGGAGUUUCCUGUGAAGAAGGGAAAACUUCUUUAGAUAUAGAGCUCUUAGUUUUCUCGAUGACAAUUGUAAUAGAAGAAACAUGAUUAUAUGCAAGAGAACUUAGUUCCUGUUCAUUCCCUUGUCUAUUAUAUCACAGACAAUACACACACACACACACACACAUGUACAUUGUUAUGGAGGUAAAUUAUUGGUUAAGCAUUGACAGAAAAA